UCUCCAAUCCGAUCUUGCAUCACCAACACCAUGCGGAAAAAAAUUGUUUGUUGAGAGGCAGCCAAAAGGUCGAUCCUGGCAGCCUCAUACAAAGAGUAGAAGUGGCCUCGCUCUUUCUUCUCCUCGUUGAGGAUUCAUGCCACCUCUGGCUCUGUCCAAGUUACACAUGCGCUGUCCGGUUUCCUCGCUACCACGUUCUAAUCUCACCACUUCAAUUCCUGUCCGCCUGAGGCGCAGCCUUUGCCAGCACCAGCACCAGGGCUCGUUCUUACAGUUACAGCGGGCCACGAAGCCGGGAUUUCGAAGCUCUGGCCUAAAGCAUCGCCCAUCCCUGCUCGAAGGUGUCCCGUCAUUUUUAUCGUCGUCAAUCCCAUCUUCUACCACCUCGUUCCGUCGACUUUAUUGUUCCAAGCACACUGCGACGCCUACCACGAGCUCCAACGACUCAGAAGAAUACAGAGACGCGAGGAUAGACAUCAUGCCUUCAGCCAACCUGUCCCCCGACGAUGCCUACGCGCGAGCAUUCAACAACAACAGCGAAUGGCGCCGCUCGCUGGCCGAGACGGAGCCGGAGCUGUUUGAACAGAUGAGCAAAGGCCAGUCUCCACAGAUUCUGUGGAUCGGAUGCGCUGAUUCGCGGUGUCCCGAAACCACCAUCCUCGGCCUGAAGCCCGGCGAGAUCUUCUGUCACCGAAAUAUCGCCAACAUCCUCGUCAACACCGACAUCAACUCGCUGUCCGUCAUCCAGUAUGCCGUCCAGUACCUCCAAGUUAAGCACAUCAUCGUCUGCGGACAUACUCAGUGCGGUGGUAUUGCCGCCGCCCUGGACAACAAAAAGCUCGGCCUCAUCGACACCUGGCUGAUGCCGCUGCGGGCUCUGCGGCAAGACAAUCUCGCCCUCCUCAACAGUCUCAACGAGGUCGAGCGGGGCUUGAAAAUGGUCGAACUCAACGUUCGCAACAGUGUCAAGCAACUGCUUGCCAACCCGGUGGUCAUCGAUGGCAUGCACGAGCGAGGCUUGCAGGUCCACGGCUUGAUUUAUGAUGUCGGCUCCGGCGAACUGAGGGAGCUGGAUAUCGAAGAGGACGAGGAAGUCGUCAAGAGCCGCGUCGUCGCUUUCAAGACGGUGUAGAAGUGUUGGGCUAGUCUUUUGUGCUGAUUGCAACCUACCUAGGUACUGUAGCGUCAGGAGUUAUGAGAUACGGAGCCAGGCCAGUGCUGUGAGUUGGGGCUGUGGGUAGAGAGGUAUUAAGUAGACUACAACCGGUGUCUGUCUACUAGGCUUCAAGCCUGCUCAUUUAUAGUAUACGUGCGUCUAAACUUGGGAAGAGAUAUGAAAUAGUGUUUGCUGUACGACUAACUAAAACAGGACACUUUACUACUGGUAAGAUAAACAUCGAAACACCUGAUAGUAGACUCGGAGUCAAAUGUCUACCCAGGUGUCGGCGGCGGUCAGUUACGGAUUUGCUUCAAUUCAGAAGAGCAUUUGAUUCUAGAAUUGCUGACUUUAAUUAUCUCCGACAGCAAAGACCAGACAGUAGCUUUUUAACUUUCACAGUUGGGAACCUGGCGCGUAUCGCACAAGCGGCUACAUGGCCAAUCCGGGUCCUUCAACACGAAACUCUUCAACAUCAAGCCCCCUCACCGAGUGAUCAGGCUCUCGUCGACCGCCGUCUUUGAGCUACAGUGGCCGAGGACGUCGUCGUUCAGUUACUACAGGAGUGCCAUGCGGUAGCUUCGAGGUUACUAAUAUUCAUCCAAGCGCAGCUAAACCAUACGAUCGGUAUUGAUACUGAUACUGUCUUCUACAGUUGACUUGUCCGUUUACCUA